AUGCAGGCCCCAGUGGUGGUCAUGAACACGGCGACCGGUGACCGCAAGACUGGCCGACAAGCUCAAAACUCCAACAUCACAGCGGCAAAGACCGUGGCGGACAUUAUCCGAUCAUGUCUGGGCCCCAAAGCAAUGCUGAAGAUGCUGCUGGACCCGAUGGGCGGCAUCGUGCUGACCAACGACGGACACGCCAUUCUUCGUGAGAUUGAAGUAGCACAUCCAGCAGCGAAGAGCAUGAUUGAGCUGGCGCGGACACAGGACGAGGAGGUCGGCGACGGCACCACGACCGUCAUUAUCCUGGCCGGCGAGAUUUUGGCUCUGUCCCUCCCUCAGCUUGAGCGCAACAUCCACCCCGUCGUGAUCAUCCAGGCCUUCAAGCGGGCGUUGGGCGAUGCGAUCAAGGUCAUCCAGGAUGUCUCCAUUCCCGUCGACGUUGCGGACAAUGAAGUCAUGCGCAACCUCAUCUCCACCUCCAUCGGCACAAAGUUCACCUCCCGCUACUCAGAUCUCAUGUGCGACUUGGCAUUACAGGCGGUACGCACGGUCAGCCACGACGCAGGCGGUGGCAAGCAAGAGGUGGAUAUCAAGCGAUAUGCGCGUGUGGAAAAGGUGCCGGGUGGUGAGAUUGAGGACAGCACAGUACUCGACGGCGUUAUGCUCAACAAGGACAUUACCCACCCCAAGAUGCGCAGACGGAUAGAGAACCCACGCAUCGUCCUUCUCGAUUGCACGCUGGAAUACAAGAAGGGUGAAUCGGCCACCAACAUUGAGAUCAGCAAGGAGGAGGACUGGAACCGCAUUCUGCAGAUUGAAGAGGAGCAGAUCCAAUCCAUGUGCAAUGCCAUUGUUGCCGUCAAGCCCGAUCUCGUCAUCACGGAGAAGGGCGUCUCGGAUCUCGCUCAGCACUAUCUUCUCAAGCAURACAUCACCGCCCUGCGUCGCGUACGGAAAUCAGACACCAACCGUGUCGCACGCGCUACUGGAGCUACCAUCGUCAACUCCGUCUACGACCUCACAGAGAAGGAUGUCGGUACGCAGUGUGGUCUGUUUGACAUUUCCAAGAUCGGCGACGACUACUUUACUUUCCUCACCAAAUGCAAAGACCCCAAGGCAUGCACCAUCCUCCUCCGCGGCCCGUCCAAGGACAUUCUCAAUGAGAUUGACCGCAACCUCCUCGAUGCCAUGAGCGUAGCCCGUAAUGUCAUCUUCCACCCAUAUCUCUCCCCAGGAGGCGGCGCAACCGAAAUGGCAUGCGCCGUCCGCCUCUCCCAGAUGGCCAAGGGCGUCGAAGGUGUGGCACAGUGGCCUUAUAAGGCGAUUGCAGAAGCAAUGGAGGUCAUCCCACGCACACUCAUCCAAAACGCUGGCGCAAGUCCCAUCCGGGUGUUGACACAGUUGAGGGCGAAGCACGCAGAAGGAGGUAGCACUUGGGGCAUCGAUGGCGAUGCUGGCAAGGUUGUCGAUAUGAAGGACUUUGGUAUCUGGGAGCCACAGGCUGUCAAGCUUCAGAGCGUCAAGACUGCGGUAGAGAGCGCAUGCUUGUUGUUGAGAGUGGAUGACAUCGUURGUGCCAAGAGCGCCAGGACAGGCGGCGGCRGCGGCGGCGGAGAAUAG